AUGGAUAAUUUGUACACAGCGCUAUCGUUGGCGAUGAUAGCUAGAAGGAGAUUCGUGAUAUUGACGAAUAGCUCUGAUCAUUUGAUAGAACAUUUCCGUCGUUUCGUUUUACAACCAUGCAAUUUCAACGUAGAUGAUAUUUGCGAACUUGACUUGAUGAAAGAAUUUAAAGGUGUUUCUGAAGGAGAUUUUAUACGAUCAAUGGUGGUCGAUAACAUAUUCAAAAAAGUGAUAAUAUGGAGGAAUAUGCUGAAACUAAACAGGUCAGAACAAAGGAGAUUAUAUGAAUUUCUUCUCAAGCUUGAUUGUUAUGACACUAACAGCUCUGUUGACAAGGAUUUUUCUGUUGAACUUGAUGGACGGCGUUACAAGAAGCCAGACUUGUUUGUUAUAGUUCCUGUCAUAACUGAUAAUUGUACUUUCAUGUAUGAGUACUUGAAGGAAAGGUUCUGGUUUUCUACCUAUUACCGUUCUGAAUCUUCAGAAGAAAACAAAGAAAUAGACAGUUCUGACUUUGUACAGCGCAUUGGGCAGUUGCGUAAGAAGUUUCCCGAUGUAUACGUUGCUCCAGAUGUUGAAAGGUACAUCUAUUCGUUAAUUGUUCACAUAAGGUGCCACAGAUUAUGUUCUGUCGCCCCUAAGAGUGCUAGGAUAACUACAAGGGCCAUCCAAGAUGUUACUUUGCUCAGUAGAGUCCUAGUUGCUUUUCAGAACUAUGGUGGGAAUGAAAAACUCUUUGUAACUCCGCUUUACGCAAAAUUGGCAAUGAAAAAGGUUGGCUAUUGGCUUGUUACUUGGGAACUGUCCAAAUUUGCAGGGCUCAAUAAAGACACUGAUGAGGAAAAGAGAUUGGAAAUUAGCAUGCUUACAGGAGACUGGAUCGGAAGUGACUGGAAAUAUGUCAAGGCUUAUUUCAAACAGAGUAGGAGCCGGCCAGAUCCUUCAACUCCUACUGGACUUACGAAUACGAUUGUAGAGGAUGCAAUCGCUACGGUAGAGCCACCAUUGUAA